GCUUUUGUAAGUGAUGGAUCGUGAUGGGUAGCUAGCUAGUCAGAGGAAAGCAAAAUCGGCCUGUGUGUCCGCUGUACAGCGUUUAUUUGAAACACCAUUUUCAUCAUCGUACUCCUGAUCAACGUAUCAUCCCGUUUCGGAGUGAAAAAUUCGCCAGUCGACCUUGCGCAGCGUUUUUUGCUUAUUCGGGAUAGCGUGUUUGUGCGUGCGUGCGUGUGUUUGUGCGUAUUCCGAACCGGUGGAUAUUAUACGUGCUAUACUCCCACCCCCAACCACCGCUCGCGUUUUGCAAGUGGAAGGAGCAGACGAUCGAACCGAACCGCCAUUCACCGUUGCCCUAGCCGUAGCCCAGCCUUUUUCUCACGGUUGUGUGGUUGCGGUACUAUCACGUCGUAGCCAGAGCCUUGCCAUCCAGCGGCGCCAUCUCGCUGAACGGCCGACUGAAACACUGAUGCGCACAUGUGUGCGUACGUGCGUUGAUAAAGUUGGCUAUUUACGCUUUACAAGCGACGAUUGGUGAUCUCGAUCAUCCUCCGGGAAACUGUCCAAACCAUCGGCACCAGCCUCGAUCAUCGUCGGUUCGCAUCGACGGUUCCGAGGUGGCAUCCGUGUGUGGUAUAGUGGAGCGCCCAUCGUCUAACGUCCCGGCAGCAGCGAUCUGCACACUUGCGUCGCAGAUUCGGCCUAACCAGCGGGGAGUGUUUUCGACGACUUCCGGCACCGUAGCGCCAGCAGGAAAAGCAGCAUCGGCAGCACCAUGGUUGAACGCAUUGUGGAGGAGAGUUGUGACGUGAAUUCCGAUCCAACACGCAAGCCUGAUGUCGCGCGGUACAGCAGCGAGGAGGUAUCGGGCAACGAGUCCACCGAGGCACGCAUGCUGUCCGAAGCCGAACGGCAGGCCGACUUUAACCGGCACAAGGAGGAGAUGAAGCGCAAGCGGCGCCGAAAGAAACGCGCCAGUUCAUCGAUGCAGUCGUCAUGUUUUCAAGAGCUGUACAAGCUGACCGGUGAGGUGCUGGGCGAGGGAGCGUACGCGUCGGUCCAGACUUGCAUCAACAUCUACACCGAGCUGGAGUACGCGGUGAAGAUCAUCGACAAAAUACCGGGGCACGCGCGGGGCCGCGUCUUCCGCGAGGUGGAAACGUUUCACCACUGCCAGGGGCAUCCGAAUAUCUUGCAGCUGUUAGAAUUUUUCGAAGAUGACGAAAAGUUCUAUCUAGUGUUCGAGAAGAUUAACGGUGGGCCACUGCUAACGCGCAUCCAGGAGAACGUUUGCUUCUCCGAGUACGAUGCGGCCCAGAUUAUCAAGGAGAUCGCGUCCGGGCUGGACUUUCUGCACAAGAAGGGCAUCGCCCAUCGGGACCUGAAGCCGGAAAACAUUCUGUGCGUCUAUCCCGACAAGCUCUGCCCGAUCAAGAUCUGCGAUUUCGAUCUCGGCUCCGGGAUUAAGUUUACCACCAACAUCUCGUCGCCGACUGCCACGCCGCAGCUUUUAACACCGGUCGGUAGUGCCGAAUUCAUGGCACCGGAAGUUGUCGAUCUGUUCGUCGGUGAGUCGAACUACUACGACAAACGAUGUGAUCUGUGGUCGCUGGGCGUGAUCGCAUAUAUACUGCUGUGUGGUUAUCCGCCAUUCUCGGGCAACUGUGAGCAGGACUGCGGCUGGAACAGGGGUGAAAACUGUCGCACUUGUCAGGAAUUGCUGUUUGAAUCGAUUCAGGAAGGGCGAUUCUGCUUCCCCGAUAGCGAAUGGCAGGAUGUGAGCGAAGAGGCGAAGGAUCUGAUCCGGGGACUGCUGGUAAAGGAAGCGCCGAAGCGUUUGAGUGCCACGGCCGUACUGAACCACCCGUGGAUUCGUAUCAGCGACGAUACGGAGUGUUCGGUCGGAGGUAUUAAUUCGAAAGCGAAUAAGGAAAAGCAGCGUCGCCGGGUCCUGAAGACGCCAGGUGUAAUUAGAAGGAACCAAUCUGCGCUCGAGUUGUCCCAUUUUGCUGAAUCGGCCAUGGCUGUCAAACGGGUUAUAAUGCAACAUUUUUCCAUGCGUUACGAUUACAUGACGAAGGAGCGUCCCAACAUCUAUCAACCGUCGUACAAUGGAAGCGUGGAGCGUGCUCCGGUGGUGGUGCCUGACGAAACUGAGCUGGUAGUGCCUAAGGUGUCCAAACAGUCGGCAAAUUAUACCGAUGCCCAACCAAUCAUGGCGCGAACGGAACAGCCCAAAGGAGUAUGUGUUGAGGAUGAAACAUUGAAGGCAACAUACGAAGCGAACGAAACAUGGGGAAUGACCGCAAACAUAGUAGAGACGGAAGAGAAAGAGCAGGAUAAGGAACGUAAUAGAGAUAGCUACCAAAACGUUUCCAUCGAAUGCCAGAACGUAGCGGAAAUAAAUGGGGCAGAAAAUGUUGCUACCAUUGCCAACGUUGCGAAUCCAAGCGGUAAUACCGUUGUUGGAGCUGCGACUAUCGAAAUAGUUGUGAACAGUACGUCUUCCGGCAUUGAUGGUGGGACCAUUUCCACCAAUAGCAUCAUCACCAAUGGGCACGAUAAAAGCAGCACCGACAGCGGUAGCAACGCGGUCCAGUGCGAGAAACCGUCGCUACCGGAGCAGAUUAGUGACGAAGAAUUGCAAAAUUCCGAUCCACCGAAAACAGUUGCUGACGAAGGUGAUGAUUUGUUGCUCGAUACGACGGUGGAUAAUAAAGAGGAACUUCAAGAAAAGGCUGUGGUGGUGACGAUUCUAUCACAAACCCAAGUAUCGCCACCGACGUCCGCAGUGUCAUCGCCGGUACAUAGCAUCGUGCAUGCAAAGGACAAUGCUGCAGCAAGGAAGGCCAGUGGCAGUUGGGAUAUUCCUCCCGAGUCGAACUGGCGAUACCGUGGAGGUAAUACCAACGAUCAGCAGCAGCAAAGUCCAUCCACGUACGAGUACAACAGUCGCAGUCAACAGGCGCACAAUUACAGACACGCUGGGUCAUCGUUUGGGUCAAGCUACAAGGGCGGUCGUAGUGGUCACUACCAUUCGCAUCCGCAGCAUCAUCACCAGCAGCAGCAGCAUAUUCAUCACAAUCAUUACCAGAGCAACAAUGCGCACUAUAACUAUCACCAUCAUCACAACAACCACCACUCGCAUCCGCCGGCUUCGUCAUCCUACCGGCAACAAAAUGGCGGCCAUCAUAAUUACCACUCGUUGUCGAACAGUAGUGGAAGCCAUUACAACAACCAUAAUCAUUACAACAGCAAUGGUAGUGUUGGUGCACGGUAUGGGCGCAUUGUAAGAGGUGUUAAUAAUAGUGAACCAUAUGAGACCGGUGUUGAAAUUCGACCGGGCAUGAUGAAGCAAAGACAGUCGCAGCCCUACUCAUAUAACCAUCAUCCUAAUCACGGUUCUUCGGCUUCACUGUCGUCGUGGCGUGCCCAGCCGGCAACGCCGUACGCUAAUCGGUACGUUGAUGCACCAACAGAUGAGGCGGAAAACUAUCGCUACAGCAAUGGUAAGAACAGCAGCAACGGUGGAAUGGUGACUGCAACACAGUCACACUACGGCAAUGGCAAAAUCAGCAGCAAUUCGACUAACUUUAAUCACCAUCAGUACAAUCGUGGAGGAACCAAUAAUAAUAUUAGUAAUAAUACUAGCAACGUUAGUAGUAGCGGAAGUGGUAGUCAUCAUCCGGUUCGGAUGAACAUUGGCAACAGUAGUCAUCAAAGUCAGUACCACCAUCAGCAGCAGCAGCAGCAGCAGCAACAGAACCAUCAGCACCAACAUCAUCACUACGGUGCAAUGAACAACAACAGUUCCAACAACCAUUUUUAUUCGAAUGGCACCGGUACUGGUGGUGGUAUGGGACAUUAUAAUUACGGUAAUAAUCAUCAUUACGGUACCGUUAACGGUCAUGGUGGUCAACAGCAGCAUAAAUCGUUGCCAUAUCGUGCGGUGGUGGCACACCACCAACAUCAUCAUCAGCAGCAGCGGCAGCAGCAGCAGCAACAGUACCAAAAUCAACGCUAUUCUUCAGCAUCGUCCUUCGGUGAAAUGCGGCGUCCGUCUCACGGUCUGAUUGACACGGUUGACGGUGCCGGAGGGACUGCUGGUACGAAAGGAGCAAGACGGGCUAGCUUUGGUCAGCAGCAGCAUCCACCAAUGCAGCGGGCGUCUCCUCCCCAACAACAGCAACAUCAGCAGCAGCAGCAGCAGCAGAGUAGGAGUAAUGUUAACUGUGAUCCAACUACAAAUACUAUGAAUAGAUAUAAGCUUUAUCAUUCUAACUCGACCACGAUCCUGAGCGCUCUCAAGCGGGAGACACGCAACAACGGAUACCAGUCGAUGAUGGUCGGUGGAUUUGAGGGGUUGAACCUGAACGGGGAUGGAUACACCGGCGAACAGUACCAGCUGGCGGACGAGGGUGUAGAGGUGACGACCGAGGGACCACCGUACCAUCUGAUACCUCAUCGCAAAGAGGAGGAGCAACGGGAUGCGAUCGAUAACAUCGACGAAGCUGUUUACAGCAGCAGCUCGAGCAGCAACACCAGCAGCCACAGUGGCAACAGCAUCAUCAAUGGUAACGUAACGACCACCACCAUGGCGGCGCUUGGUACCGGUGGGCCCGGGAUCAUUGCUGAGUUUGCGAUGAUCGAAGGUUUACCGGUUGGGCUUUCGCCACCGAACGAAAGUCUGCUAAUGCAACGUCGCCUGUCGUUAAAGUCACGCAGCCUGUGUCUGCCGGUGGCAAUCGGUAACGGUUGCGGUAGAACACCGUCACUGGCUGCUUCCAGCGACACGCCUCCGUCAGGUGAUGAAUUCCCGGCCUGUUCCAAAACCCGCCAGCAGCAGCAAGAAUCACCAUUGUCUUCGCCGGAGCAACUACUGCAGAGCGAUGAGGAUGCUGGGUGUCCGAUAUUUGCCACCACUCGGCAUGAUGCAGGAGGAUACUAUACGUACUAUCCGCGUAAUGGCACAGUCGUUGUAGCCGGGACGACGCCAACGCUUACCAUUACCACACAGAGUGGUUAGGCACCGCUCUGGCGCAAAAUGUCGCCAACAAUUUCGUUUCGUCUUUAUUUUUUUUUUGAAUAACCCCUUUAUGUAUGGGAUUGGAACCAUCAUCGAUGGGGUGUAUCAUGGUUAAUGCAUGAGAAGAGUAUUAUUUUUCUGCAUGCUUUGUUUUCUAAGCAUUUUUUGUUGGAAACUUCCUACAACUAUUUCUAGUGAAGUGUUCCGAAAAAUGUGAUUUGAUCUUGUUAUUGAGAAUGUUUAACUACGUCUAUUAAGACCCGUUCGGUAUCAUCCUUUGCUGUGCUUAAAUGCUAGUAAUGUUGGGAUCGUCACGAUAGACAUAAAUUAAAUCGAUGCUACAAAAAGCAGUAACUGUUUACGUAAAGAACAGUGUUCGUAAGAGUGUUUAGACGGCUCUAAAUGGAAUUAUGAUGCGAUGAAGCAAAAUGUUAAAAGCUAACCAAACGGGAGAAUAUUGUAAACAGGAAGAAUAUCUUGCUCUUCUUUACCUGUAUUGUGGAUACGUUAUUUUGAUGUUAAAUAUUUGAUAUAUUUUGUUUUCUAUUCCAUCUUUUUUUUUAUGUUUUACAUUUGCCAAGGAAAUUCGUUUUUUCUGUGUCUUUUCAACUUAUUUGUACUUUGAACUACAAUGUCUCGAACACUAACGUAACGCAUGUACUAUGGUAAUGAAAUGAGAUAAUUAUUUUGAAAUUCGAUUUUUGAAUAUGAAAUACAUACGCAUGUGGACUUUUUUUCUCUUUUUGUUACUCAUUUGGAAAACGUUUAGUUGAGAUAUGUUGUGCGAGAAGUAGCUUAUAAUAUUCGCAAGCUCUUGAUAGACGAAGAAGGUUUUCGAAUGUUGCGUAAAUUAUGUUCAAAUCAUCCUGUAUCCGCAUGUGCAAUGGACAACUAGUCGUGCCUAGUGUUGCUGUUGGCAAAUAAUUGUUUUUUUAACCAAAUGUGGGAAACCAAACACACACACACAUUUCUUGCUUGAAGGAAUGAAGCUCGCACUAAAAUUUUCAUCACGAUAUAAGACAUUUUCAACCGCACGAACUUCUCGUGUUCGAUAAACGGUUGCAAGUAGAAGAGGAAAAGAUUUGUUUUUUGAACACCUACACAUGAAAACAUUCUCGAAGCAAAACAUCGAAACUGUCGAAAACAAACAACAACCCAUGCACUACAUUUCCAAAUGUACAUCGCAUAAGAGAUUAGUGUUCGUUCGGGAACAUGUGUCGUAUGUCGAGACUGUCCACAUAGCUGUUGGGCCGUCUUAGCUAUGAAUUUGGUUGUUUAUUUUUUAAACAUUGUUUUUUUAUUGCAUUUUGCAUGGUCGAGUAGUAGUAGCAAUUCAGGUAGAUGGCAAGAAAACAAGCAUAAUACGAUAAGCGAAUGUUCGUUCCACAAUCAUCGGUGGAUUUGAUCUACUUAGUCUACUAGAGCUGGACAUGCUUAAGUCUAUCCUGGUAACCUGGCAUCUAAAAGUUGUCGUACAUUACCGGCUCUAUGGCCGGUCUUGAGAAGAGUUAAUAGAAGGCACAAAACAACCACGAACCUACCUUUACCGAGCAUAAGUACGAAUACGAAUAACAACGAGAGAGUGAGAACAAGCCCAUAAGAAUGCGGAAGAAAAACAAAAGGUGAUAAAAGGGCAAUAGAGUUCUUUUUCCACAAGGAGACUCGGCGUGCAGGGCAGACAG